UACCAGCACCUGCCCUUUCCAUACUCUCUCUCUCUCUCUCUCUGUCUAUCUCAUCAUGUCCUUUUGAGUUUAUCAUAUUCAUAUUGAACUUUGGACUAAUUCAGAUUGAGACAAUAAAACUUUGGAGGCUAUGAAGUGUUUUCAUUUCUCUAUUUGUGAAGAAAAGGAUAAAGAGUCGAAAACUCCAACAAAAUCGAUAUCAGUUCGGUCCUUUACUUCUUUAUUUACAGGAAGAUCAUGGACAAAUUCUCAGUUUGUGUCUGAUGCUAGCGCAGAGUCUGCAGGAGGAAGGGCUAAUGUUCCUGAUUUUUCACAGAGGCCAAGUAACCUUAAAGUGUUCACUUUUGGUGAGCUCAAAUCAGCCACCAAUGGCUUUAGCCGGUCUACAAAGAUUGGAGAAGGAGGGUUCGGGUGUGUCUACAUUGGCUCUAUCAAGUCCGCUCAAGACCCGACUAAAAAGAUUCAUGUCGCUGUCAAGCAGCUUGGCAGACGCGGUUUGCAGGGGCACAAAGAGUGGGUGACAGAGGUGAAUGUUCUUGGGGUGGUUGAGCACCCAAACCUUGUGAAGCUAAUUGGCUACUGUGCAGAAGACGAUGAAAGAGGUAUCCAACGACUUCUGGUUUAUGAAUAUAUGCCUAAUAGAAGUGUUGAAGAUCAUUUGGCUGCUAGAACCGAGAAACCUCUUUCAUGGACCAUGAGGCUUAAAGUGGCUCAAGAUGCAGCUCGUGGCUUGACAUACCUACACGAGGAGAUGGACUUUCAGAUUAUUUUCAGAGAUUUCAAAUCUUCAAACAUUCUUCUUGAUGAUCAAUGGAACGCCAAGCUUUCAGAUUUCGGACUGGCUAGGAUAGGUCCUCAAGAAGGACUAACCCAUGUCUCCACAGCGGUUGUGGGAACAAUGGGAUAUGCAGCUCCUGAGUACAUCCAAACGGGCCGUCUCAGAUCUCAGAGUGACGUAUGGAGCUACGGGGUCUUUCUCUAUGAACUUAUUACGGGUAGGCGCCCAUUAGAUAGGAACAGGCCCAAGAAUGAGCAGAAGCUUCUAGAAUGGGUGAAACCAUAUCUCGACUCAAGGAAGUUUAGGCUAAUAGUGGAUUCCAGGCUACAAGGCAAGUACUCUAUGAAAGCAGCACAAAAGUUGUCCAUUGUUGCCAACAAGUGCUUGUCUAAGAACCCAAAAGCAAGGCCAAAGAUGAGUGAGGUCUUGGAAAUGGUUAACCAAAUCAUCGGGGGUGUAUCAGAAGGAGCCAUUCCUAGUCCAAGACCGCCUCUAAAGAGUCCUAUCCAUGUGGUUCCUUCAGUCGAACCCAUCGAGCCAGAGAGAGUUUUUGUGGAUUCCACUGAGAACAAAAAGACAUUUAAGGAAAUGCCAAGUAAAGGUAAAAGAAGGUUAAUCGAUAACAAAUUUGGAGAGACUGCUUGGCUUUCCAGAAUCUGGCCUUCAAAGCUCUUGGCAACUUGAUGGUUUGAAGUGAUAAAAGUACAUAUCAUAGAGGUUUUGAAGUAGAGGAUGUCACAAAUUAAGCAAUUUUAGUGAAUAUCAUUCUUGCUCCGUAUGUUGCAUGUAUAAAAGGUUAGUUGCUCUGGCGACAAGAGUAGAGGUCAAGGGAAAUCCAGUGGAGAAAUUUAUAAAGCUGAGAAUCUCAGAAGUUUUAUUGUAUGAAAUGUUCUUGUAUGUUUAGGCAAUGCUUACAAACACAAACUUUGGAGCAAUUGUCGAAGGUUAUAUAUAUACACAUAUGUUUGUAUCAUCAGAACAGUUCGGUUCACAAAACAUCAACAAGUAGAUGGAGUUGGUUUUCUUAGUUCAAGUUACCCAGGGAGCCCCAUGCCACACUUUGUAUGGGUUUAAGUGUUAUCUUGUUCUCUGUAUCUUUCUGUAUAGCCAGUAUCGUCGAUGUAUUGUGGGUUGUAAGGUACUUUGGUAUUAUCGGUAAUAAAGGUAGUCUGCAAUUGUUCAGGAAAAAAAA